AUGGCGCGCGUCUUCCUUGUUGGAUGGGGAAGCGCCGCAGAUGGGCAGCUCGGCGCCACCCGUGCAGAGAUUCAACCUUACCCGCGUCUCUUCCCAUCCCUGGAGUCCAGCGCCGCCCCGCAAGCUGUCGCCGCCGGCCUGUGGGCUUCCCUCAUCGUCACCCACAACGGCUCCGCCGUUUUCACUACCAGCGGAAAGUCGUUCAAGGACUCCCACCCGCUAUCCCUCAUCCCUGGCACCGCUGCGCCGCCGGACGAGUCAGCCAUCCCCGCCGUCGCUUCCGUUGCCGUCGGACGAGAUUUUGCCCUUCUCCUCACCUCCUCUGGAUCCCUUUAUUCCAUUGGCUCGGGAGCCUACGGGCAGCUGGGUUUGGGAGCUGGCACCGUCAACGUCACCUUUCCCACCCGCGUGCGCGCCCUGGACGGCAUCCGUAUCGUUGCCAUUGCCGCCGCCGAGUUUCACUGGCUCGCCCUGGACAACAUGGGGCGUGUCUAUUCAUGCGGCAGAAAUUCGUCCGGCCAACUUGGCCUCGCCACGGCCGCAAAGGUUGACACCCCGGUCUGUGUUGCUGCACUGUGGCCUCAUCCCGUUGUUGCUAUCUCGACAGGCGACUUGCACUCGGCCGUGCUCACGGCGUCUGGCGCUAUUCUCGGUUUUGGGAGUAACAGACAUGGCCAGCUAGGACAGUCGGCUUUUCGCGUUCAGGUCGGCUCGUUCACGCCAGUCGUCGCGCCCAUUUCUCCGGAGGGAGAUGCUGCUUCCAAGGUUGAUCACGAUGGCGAUGUGCAAAUGACUGGGAGUAAGGGCAUGAGAGAGGAGGAAGAAGAAGAGGGUGCCAAAGAUUCCGAAGAGGUGACCACAUAUGUGGACGUUGCGUGCGGGUCGUCGCAUACGGUGGCACUGAGAAGCGACGGCAAAAUUGCAACCUGGGGGAAAGGGGAGAGCGGCCAGCUCGGGACGCGUUCGACGCAGACGCUAUAUACGCCGACGACCUUGUCGUUGCCGGUCAAGUUUGUGUCUGUGUCUGCCGGCGAUCAGCACUCUGGCGCUCUGACGGAGAAUGGCGAGGCCUACUUGUGGGGUGACGGCAGCCAGGGGCAGAUUGGCGACGGAGACAUCAAUGAUAAACUGCUGCCGAUUUCCAUCUCGCCACCAAGGAUUAAUGAUACGCACUACCUGUCGACGGGUGCAAAGGGGGUGAACAAGAAUGCGAAUGGGAAUUUGCCGUUGCGAUUUAUACAGCUCAUUUGCGGGGGGUUUCACAACCUGGCUAUGGUCACGGCCGACCCUCAAGUUGCGGUGGUUUCGGCACAGCAGGUGUAUGCUAGCCAUAUCCCGAGGUGUUCUGUUGACAAGAUGCUGCAGGCACGGGCGGGGUUGUCGCGGUUUGGGUCUGCGGGGGUGCUCAUGCGCAGCUUUGUGAGGCCGCAGUAUAAGGUGCUUGCAGAUUUGAAGCUGGACAUUGAUGGGAUGAAUAAGGCGUAUAUGAGUUUCCAGCAACUGUUUGGAAAGGAGGGGAUGCGGGUGUUGGGUUAUGCGGCGGCGCGACUGCGCCAUGAAACACAGGUUGCGUUUGGGCUUUUGAAGGAUGACGGGCUUGCGCUCGCGACUUGGUUGGAACAGUAUUCCGGAGAUGCUAAACAACCGUUGCGGUUGGUGACGCCGCGGUCGCAGUACGUGGAUGAUGACGACAUGUUUCGGUCGUCUGUGGCGAAUAGUGCGGCGAGCGGGCACUUGUUGAUUUUGGCAUUUCUGAAUCCUGUGUAUAUGGAACGGGCAAGGGCGCCACAGCUCGCCGAGUUUGCGGGGAUAUUGCUGCGUUGUGAGCAAGAAGGGCGUGAAGCGUUUUUGAGGAUGAUUGGCAACUGCGCUCCGGAGUUGGUGGUGGAGCGNNCGGGAAAGUGA